AUGUCAGGCAACGACCAAUGUGCUCCUGAUGCAGAUGUCAGGACUUCUGAGCAGGGAUAUGCGAACCGAAAAAAUGAGGAUUCCGAAAUUUCCGACCUAUAUCUGGUCGAUUGGGAUGGCCCCGAGGACUUGUCCAAUCCCAAGAAUUGGCCGUUCCACCGACGGUGGUUGGCGACAGGACUUGUCUCACUUGUCACUUUCAUGACCCCGAUCGUCUCGUCGAUGAUUGCGCCGGCUGAGAUUUCCAUUGCAAAAGAUUUGAACAUCACAGGCGGUCAACUGCAGUCGCAACUCAUCUUCUCUAUCUUCUUGCUCGCGUUUGCGAUUGCGCCCUUCGUCCUAGCACCUCUAAGCGAGAUCUUUGGGCGUAUGAUUGUGUUACAGGUAUCAAAUAUCUGGUUUCUGGUUUUCAACCUGGCCUGUGGCUUUGCACACAAUGAAUCUCAAAUGCUUGCAUUCCGUUUCCUUGCUGGCCUUGGUGCAAGUGCCCCUCAAACUAUCGGUGGCGGAGUUCUGUCCGAUCUGUGGAAGCCAGAGCAACGUGGGCUCGCUGUCUCAAUAUACACCUUAGCACCUUUACUCGGUCCUGCGCUUGGACCGCUCAUGGGAGCCUGGAUUACCGAAAGGACUACAUGGCGCUGGUUGGUGCAUCCUCGAAAACGACUUCUAGACUCUGCUUACGAAGUUCAUUGUAGGUCGUUCUGGGCUAUAACAAUCUUUGGUGUUUCUGUUCAAGUCUUACUAUUCUUCACCCUGACCGAGACGUAUGCGCCGACUAUCCUGCGAUGGAAAGCCGAACGAUUACGCCGCGAGACUGGAAACGAGAAAUUCCACACCAAAUACGAGCUCAAAGAUCGUGGUAUCGGAGCCGUCAUGCGGCGUGCCUCGGUCAGGGUUGUGAUACUGCUGAUCACGCAGCCCAUUGUUAUUUUUCUUGCAACUUUCAUGGCCCUGACGUAUGGAAUAAUUUACAUCAUGCUCGCAACGUUCCCCCUGCUGUGGAGGGAGUACUAUGGAGAGUCGACCGGCAUUGGCGGACUAAACUACAUCUCCAUCAUGAUUGGAUCUGUCACCGGCAUGCAGAUUGGUGCACGCCUGAUUGAUGUAAUCUUUCGUCGUCUGAAACGAAAAUCGAUUAACCAAGAAGCAAUUCCCGAAUUCCGCGUUCCUCUGAUGUUCGUCUCGACAUUCCUCCUUGCGGCCGGCCUCCUCAUUUACGGCUGGUCGGCACAAGCACGCCUACACUGGAUCGUACCAAAUGUCGGGGCCGCGAUCUUUGCCAUGGGCGUCAGCAUCAAUAUGGCCUGCUUGCAGACAUACACCAUCGAUGCGUACCCGGUUUACGCAGCCUCAGCGAUCGGCGCAACAGCUGUAGCAAGAGCUUUGACCGGCUUCACGUUUCCGCUCUUCGCGCCCUCCAUGUAUGAGAGACUGGGCUGGGGCUGGGGAAAUAGUGCACUAGCUUUAUUGGUAUUGAUCAUCGGCUACCCAGGAGCUACCAUACUUUGGGUGUUUGGUGGAAGAUUGCGGGCUGCAUCGCCGUAUGCAGCAAACAGCUGA